AUGCUGUCUUCAGAGGGUGUGGAUUUCCACAAUGUGACGGAAGCAUCAAACUUCUUGUCCGAUCUGCUUGAUGACAGUGUUUUUCAGCUGGACGAUAAUGCCAGAGCCAGAUACUUCUACCCAUUCGUCAAGGCCACGAGAUUCAUCACAUUGAUAUCAAGGCGUUUGGUCUUUCCUCAAAUCACUCCUAUCGGGAGCGCCUUUUGGUUCAAGAUCCCUCCGUUGGGAACCAUCUAUCUGAUCUUGGCGUACAUUCUCUUUAUCCUUCUCCUCGAGUUCGUGGAUGACGACGUCCGGGGACCAAGAUGGUAUACUUUUGUGGGUAUUCGAGCUGGUUGGCUCGCUGUGGCCCAGCUCCCCUUGAUCGUUUUGCUAGUCGGCAAUUACCAUCUGAUCGGCUUGAUCAUCGGUGUAUCCUAUGAGAGACUAAACGUUCUGCAUCGCUGGAUUGCUCGUGGUCUUCUCCUCCUUGCAACUAUUCACUUCGCGUUCCUGGCCUCAGGAUGGAGCCGCUUCCCUGGUUUGCAAUCAUUGGAAUGGGCCACGGACGAGGCUUUUUGUUCUGAGGUGGCCACUUAUGUGAUUCUUAUCUGGAUGAACAUCUCGACUGUUGCUCCACUUCGUCACCUGUCCAUAUUAUUACUUAUUUUUGGGCUCAUCAUUGCCAUUGCAAAGCACAUACCUGGAAGUGCACAGUACGCGCGUGUCUACAUCUUCGUUGCCGUCGCGCUCUACCUGGUCGAGCGCCUGGUGUAUUUCAUCCGCUUUGUCUUCAACAAUGCAGGCUCCAGUAAAGUCACUGUCGAGCCUCUUGAAGGUGGUGUCACCAAGGUGCACGUUUCUUGCCGCCACGUGAAGACCUGGGCUCCUGGAUCGCACGUUAUGAUCGGCAUUCCCCGCCUACAAGCGUUUCAUAAGCGUAUCUACGACGCUGGGCGGGCGAGCCCAUCCAAGCCAAGCUCAGAUGCGCCAGAGCAAGGGAACCAACAUCACAAUCGGCUCACGAACUAUAUCGCUUUGGUCAAUGGUCCGUAUGGUGCGUCUCACGCAGAAUAUGCCUACUUUGAUACCAUCAUCCUCAUUGCUGGUGCUACGGGCAUAACCUUUGUUAUGUCGAUCUUGCUCGACAUUGCACACCGUGCCGCAUCUGCGGCCGAGGGCGAUGGCAAACCCUUUCCACUCUGGUGA